UGUGUGAUAUAAACCAAGAGCAAGCACCCGUCCUGCAUAGCAGCGCUCAGAAAUACACCCGAGGUUCACAUACACCACGGAACCAGACGGACUCCACCAUGCUGUGCCUUGCUCUGUUUUUCGUCUCCGCAGCUGUCGCCACCCCUCUGUUGGGGACUGAACAGUGUGUCCGUGGUCCUCCCUACUGGUGCCACAAUGUGAAGACUGCCUCUAUCUGUGGCGCCGUGGUCCACUGCCAACAGAACGUAUGGAACCAACCCCAGAUGAAAUCUGUGCCAUGUGACCUGUGUAAGGGGUUGCUGAUAGCGGUGGACCAGCUGCUGAACAACAAUGCUACUCAGGGUGAGAUCCUGGGCGUCCUGGAGAAGGCCUGUCACCUGAUCCCUGACAAGACCGUGGCUGCACAGUGUAAAGAGUUGGUGAACGCCUACUACCCUAUCCUCAUUGGUAUCAUCACUGGAGAGCUGGAGAACCCUCAGGUGGUGUGUGGCGCCAUAGGCCUGUGUGGCUCCCAGCAGGCAGCCCUGGCCAGACUCCAGUCUCAGAUCCAGUCUAACCAGAUCCCACCGCUCACAUCCAAUGAGAUUCCUCAGGAAGACCUGGCCCAGAGGGUCGCCCCCUUCCUCCUCAACGUCCCUGGGCUCCUCUACCCCCAGGCCCAGGAGAACACCAAGCAUGAGGUUCCUAAACAGGAGACUGGAGACUUGUGUGAGGACUGUGUGAAGUUCAUCACAGACUUCCAGGACGAGGCGAAGAGCAACACUACCUUCGUCAACUCUCUGAUCGAACGGAUCCAGAGGCAGUGUGACCUGCUGGGGCCUGGAAUCUCUGACAUGUGCAAGCAGUAUAUCAGCCAGUACGCGCCUCUCAUCGCCCUGCAGCUCAUGUCCAUGCAACCUAAAGAUAUCUGUUCCCGUGCUGAAUUCUGCCCUGCAGAGGUGAAGAGCUCUGUCCCUAUGAUGAACCUGGUGGCUGCCAAGGCCGUCCCUGCUGUCAAACUGGUCCCUGCCACUAAGCUGGACGCUGUCAAGAACAUGGUGCGUGCCCGUGGUUCCCCUCAGUGUAUCGCGUGCAAGUUCAUUAUGAAGGAGGUAGAGAGCAUGCUGGGGGAUGAGAAGACGGAGCAAGAUGUGGUGCGCGUGUUGGAGACUGUGUGCUCUGUGCUGCCGCCCUCCCUGUCAGCCCAGUGUAAAGAUCUGAUUGAGUCCUACGGCCAGGCCAUCAUUAAGCUGCUGCUACAGGAGGCCGACCCCAAGACUAUCUGCACCGUGCUGGGGCUCUGCAAUGACGCCAGCCGUGCCUUCAUCCCGGUGUUGGACCAGUCCCAGGUCGAGGCGGGAGGCCUCUGUGACAUCUGCAAGAUGGCCGUGCGUUACAUCGACGGGAUCCUGGAACAGAACGCCACACAGGCUCAGAUUGAAGACGCAGUCAGGAAAGUCUGCAGCUUUGUCCCGGAGACCGUCAGGGGCGAGUGUGACCAGCUGAUUGAGCAGUAUGAGCCCAUGCUGGUUCAGCUCCUGCUGCAGACGUUGGACCCUGACUUUGUCUGCAUGAAGGUGGGAUUGUGUCCCGAGGCAGUGCAAAGUCUUCUGGGUAUGGACCAGUGUAGCUGGGGACCGGCGUUCUGGUGCAAGAACAUGGACUCUGCAAAACUCUGCAACGCGGUGGCACACUGCAGGCGUCACGUGUGGUGAUGGGAUAACGAAUAAAGACCGACCGACACAAUCUUUCAGGAGAAAUACUGUUGCAACGCUUUUUUUUUUUUUACUCAAUAAAUGUGUUCUGUUUUUCGUAAAACAUGUGGGACAGGUUUUUGCAAUUGUUAAUAUAAAUUUACCGGGCAGUUUGGAGAAGUGGGGAGGGAAUGGAAACCCUUUUUUCUGACAGAAGUUUGUUUCUUUAUUUGGGGAGAAGCAAUGUUACAGGGUUGUCGAGUGGAUCUACCAGACUGUUUUAUCUAUUAAAAAAAACACAUCUAUAGUUGUACUGAUUCAUUGAAUGUACUAUGGGUGUGGUUUAUGUACAUCUCUCUUUUUAGAUAAAUGAUUUUACAUGUCACACACGGUCCCUUACUUGACACGCCUGGUUUCCCGGACAUGGGUUAAACCUAGUCCCGAACUAAAAUAUAAUGCUUAGUCCAAGACUAGGCUUAAUCUCGGUCCAUGAAACUGCCCCAUUUUAUGUGAUGCAGACUGCUGGGUAACUGGAUACUACUGUCUGUGAAAGAACAGUGGUCUGAGACUUAUUGAAUCUCAGGGGAUCCUGUCAAUGUGCUCCUUUGCAGUGACAGAACUUUCUUAGUGUCUCUAGCAUACCUUCCUGGGAUACUUUCUGUUUUAAUUGAGCCUCUCCUAAUGCAAGUUCAUCUCUAUUUUGUAGAAACAGUUGAAUUGUAUUUUAAAUUCUUUCGGUGUAAUUUUUUUAAUUAAUGAGCUGAUGUGAGGACAGUAAAGAUUGUGUGUCUGAUAUGCUACCCUAUUCCCUAAUAUAGUGCGCUACUUUUCAACAGGGGCCCAUUUUGGGGGGGGGGGGGGUCAAGUAGUUUCCACUGUAGGACCAAUAGAAUGGUCUACUCUAAAUGUUGAGCCACGCCCUAUGUGUGCGAGAGAACGAAUGCAUCCUUUGACUGGGUCCCAUAUGGGACCAUAUUCCCUGGGUAGUGCACUACUUUUGACCUAAACAACCCACGGGCCCUGGUUGAAAAGUAGUGCACUAUAUAGGGAACAUGGUGCCAUUUGGGACGAACAUUUCUAAUGGUAUGUUUGUGCCCCUUUUUUAUAGCCUCUCUGCUUGCCGUUUCCUUCUCUGCUCGCCGUUUCCUUCUCUGCUCUCUUCACGCUGUUUGUGUGAAGUAAUGUGUUCUGAAGGAAAUGUAAACAAAUGGCCUCAAUGUGGUUAAAACUAAAUUUUAUUAUCACGGAUGGUCAAACCCUCCAGCUUUUUACUGAAAGUGGUGGGGCAAGUGUUUUUUAAAUGUUAAACAAUGAAAUAUUGUUUAAUUGGCUGAUUUUGUUGCUUUAAAGAUGAAGUGCUUUUUGUGAUCAGACUACUGUCAGGCGAUCGAUUGGCUCGGUCAGAUUUAUUUUUAUUUUUUUUACAGUUGAAAUAAAAAUGAUCUCAAAUCCA